AUGUUUGUUGCCCUGCUGUGGCUACCAGCUUUACUAGUUGCCUCGGCAGACCACGCAGAGGAAGCUUGUGCGACCAACCUGGUGCAGAGGAAAGUCCAAGCACGCUUUGCUGAAGCGGUGUCAGCGAAGAGAAAACUGGGAGGUGGAAAGCCUUGGGACGUCUUCGAUUUCGUGGGUGCUGUUCAGCACAAGUCUGGUGUCAGCCUUCUGCACAAGAUUUGGUUCUACUUGUUCCAAGGAGUGCUAGGGGCCAAGGAUGACUCCAUGGGGGUGAUCAUGACGCCCUGCUACGAGAAAUGCCGGAACACCGAGGCGCCGAUCCGAUGGAUGGUUGACACGAUGUCGCCCGAACUUGUGGAGCGUCAGAGGGCCCGUGCCAAGGAGAAGGGAAAGGGCCUACGACUGGCCGGGCUCGUUCGGGACCCUGUUUCCAUGGCGGUCUCCGCCUACUGCUACCAUGCCAGUGGCCAGGAACCUUUCAAUGUGGUCUUUCUCCCUCCAGGAUGGCCAGAGAUUUCCCUGCAAAACAUGUCCCCCGAAGAGGGCAUCGCUUUUGUUGCAGAGCGCAUGCUCCAAUACGUCGUUAACAUGACCGACUUGUUUGAGGACCCGGCCGAUGGCAUGGUCUUCCUUCAUUUCGAGACUGCAACGUCUUCUUCUGAGUCCUUUGACAAGGCGGUGAAGGAGCUGUUGGAUGGCCUCGUCGGCGACAUGAUCUCCAACGAUGAGAUGGAGCAGGCGCUGGAGGCCGCCAAGUGGGCAGACCUUCAGCGACACCCCGAAGGUGCUGACGGCCAUAGUAGCGACCCAGGGUGCGAGGCCAAGGCCCAAGAAGCAUUCCCGUCCGUCCUCCACGAAGACGUUCUGGCGGUGUAUCGUUCUUUGCAGAAGCGUCUUGGCUACACGGUCUUGCAGAUGUCAGGCUGA